UUAGACCAAAAUAAUGUGACGUCCCCUCCCCGCCUGUUCGCUCCUUCAUGAUUGUUUAUUGAUAUGAUGUUAAAUUCCCGGCUAAAUACCUAAAAUAAUUAUAUAUGCUACAGUCUUAUGACAGGCAAAUUCCCAAGCGUAGAAAUAAAAUGAAUUUCAACUCUUAAGGUGACCUUCAAUUGUUAUAUGCUUACUUAACUUAUAUAAAAUCGGGAAAUAAUUGAAUUAUUAGCCCAACAGAGGGAACAUUUAAAAAAGUAAUUGACAAUAGAGGUUAUAAACAAUGGACUCUGAAAGCUCAUCAGAAGAGCAAUCGUCAACCGAAUGCUCCACAGACUCCUCUGAUGACGACGAGAAAUUGGAAACUGCCCAAGUUUGCGGAGUUCGUAUUCAAUUACCUCAAGGAUUAUGCGAGCGCAAAGACAUCUUCAACGAAUUCUUCUCCGCUAGCACAUGGAACUUGCUAUCUGAAGAACACAAGCAGCAUUUAAAUAGUUUUCUUCCCACAUUUCCCGAAAAUGACGAGCACGAGAAAUCGGUCACGUUAUCAAAGUUAUUCAAUAACGAGAUAUUUAGGUUCACUAGCCCACUGGCCCAAUUUCAUGAACACCUGAAAGCGGGCCACUACAGACCGGAUAUAGCGAAAAUGAGGCUGUUAAUCAGAAAGGCGGAAAGGAAGGAGGCGAAGUAUAGACAUAAAUUGUACCGGGAACGUUUAAAAGAAGACAUAACGGAGUCAAAAAAUAAACUGCUUAAUUUAGUGAAAAAUUUACCUCCCGGUGUAGAGCCGAGAAUGGAAAAGCUGAGCUCCACCACGCCGUCAUACGUUAAUCCGAUUUCUUUUCGUACUAAGAGAAGAUACUUUCAGGAACUUUCGUCGUUACGAGAGAAGGUGGACGAGACUGGGUUUUCGUCAGACGAAAAUUAUCCGGAGGGACCUCCCACUCCGUUAUCGAGGAAGCAGAAAAGACACCUGAAUGCCAUUAAAAAUUCCGCCUUAAAUAAUGAACGAGUGGUUAGCACGUUAGCGACGAAACCAAACGUGUUGGAAUUAGAAAGGCUUAUAACACCAAACUGUAAUCCCUUCUUUAUUUCGGAGGAUUCGUAUAGAAACUUAUUGUCAACACAUAAAAGACGACGACUCGAAGACGCUAAUAAUCCCGAGUAUGUUACAAACGGUAUAGGAAUUAUGGAUAUUAUUAACAGAACAGAUUUAACUAGCUUUAGAAGGAUAAAUAACGUCAAUUCAAUAAAACAUCACAUGGAUCACAAACCCAGUCCGCAUAAAAAGAAAAUCAAAAAAGAACCGUUACUUAUGCCGAACUCCCCCGAGAUUAUCAAUAAGUCAAAUCCAUUUUUCGGGCACAGUUCAAAUUCAGAAUUGGACUCGGACUCGGAACCGUUCUACGACAGUGUCAGUUCGUUAGUGACACCUAAUAGUAAAUUAAAACUUAAAAAACCUCUAACUACCAUUAAACCGAUUAAAAAAGAAAUCAAAGUGGAACCCGUAGACACCUACCUAAGUGCGAGUAGUGCGGAAACUAAACCAUUACCUGUGGACGAUAUUUCCCCCAAAUCCCUCAAUUGUGUCAUGCAGUAUGGUAAAGUGACGCCGGCAACGCUCUCAGAUCUCGACGGAAUCGACAUGAUGAACUUGCCCAUCGAUCUGGACGACUCGAAUAUCGAAAUAUUAGAAUUUAACAAUAAGCCCGAGUUGAUGCAAGAUACACACGCAAAUUUCUUAUCGCUUAUUAGGGACAUUAUUUGUUCAACGAACGAGCAUAGGAUGACCAUGAAGGCUUUGGAGGAACGUCUCAGAACGUGGCAGGCGAAUCCCAUAAGUGCACUAAAUGAUUGGUACAACUUCUCGGAUAAUUGGGUUUUAUUACUACCAAAGGCUGUGAAUUUCCUAAGUGGUAAUUUCUCUGAGCAACCAGAAGAUUUCGUUCCCUACAUUGAAUUCAAGGAAAAACUGGAAAUGUAUCAAUGGAUAGGAGCAGGCAGGGAUUCGGAUAGUCUUCUCUCUCCCCUUUGUCAAUAUUGGUUGGAACAUCGUAAUCAAAUGAAGCCAGCGUUGUUGGUCAAACCAAAAGAGGAAGAUGUCGAAGUUAGCGAUAGGUCUCAGACUCCCCCACCGCCACGUUGUCCGACAACUUGGAGUAUCAGAAAGGCAAACUCGGAGGAAAUCAAAUCGUUUCAGGAACAGGAACGGCGAAGGUACAGCAAUCCACAUAAAGCAUUUACGUACAGGUGUAACGGGUACGAGAGUGUCGUAGGUCCUGUGAAAGGUGUAUAUAAUAAUCAAAAUGUUGGUUCUACAAAGGCGAGGGGACACAGUGUGUUGAAUGCAGAUAGACCAAACUAUGUUACGAUAUUGACUUUAGUGCGAGAUGCCACUGCACGUUUACCGAACGGCGAAGGUACUCGCGCGGACAUUUGUGAACUGUUAAAAUCCUCUCAAUAUCUUUCAACUAAUGUACCUGAUAACGUCCUUCAAAGUGUAGUUAGUGGUGCUCUUGAUCGCAUGCAUACUCAAUUUGAUCCGUGCGUUAAGUACGAGUCGAAACGAAAAGUGUGGAUCUAUUUACACCGAAACCGGUCCGAGGAAGAUUUUGAACGAAUACACCAUCAGUAUCAGGGAGUCAGUAAGACUCUUAAGAAAGCAGUACCUAAAAGUAAACCCGUUUCAAAACCAAGAAGCAAACAUGACAAAGUAGUGAAGCAAAAAAGUCCCGAAAGCCAAGUGGUGUCUGAUAAAACUAAAGCCGAAGUAAUGAACACCGUUGAACAAUACCCGAAUCCCAACGAUAGGUUAACUAGUGUUAUUAACUCAAAGCAAAGUGCAAUUUCAAACAAAGCUAAUCUGCCAAAUAAUACUACGACAUGCCUUGAGAAAGCAAUAAGCUCACAACGAAAAAUUAGUGCAAAUCCACAAUCUAGUGCUCCAAAGUCUCCUGCCAAGUACUUACAAACGCAAGUUCCCCCCCUCUCCUUGCCAGAGAAGCAUAUAAACGAAGGUGUUGCCGUGAAACGGACAGCUAGCCCAAAUGCUGCUAAAAACAGUAAUAAAAGUUUAGUCAAAAUUAUAGCUUCAAACCAAGGCAAGUCACUCAUUUUACCCACUGCCAGUCCACAGCUUUUGAAACAAAUCGAAUCGAAGUCGUCGACCGUAAAGCAAACGCCGCAACCAGUAUCGCAGCAAAUUUUGCAAACUAUCGCUCAGCAAAAACAGCUACUGCUGCAAAAGCAAAACGCGCAGAUGGCCGAGCAAAAGAUGAACGAAACGAAAGUUCAACAUCGUGUUCCAAUAUCGGUACAGCAGCAACUUCUCCAGUCGGUCACACCGCAAUUGCAAGCCAUAAAAGCUACCACUGUCAUCAAGGCAAAUUCUCCGACGCCGAAUGUUAUACCCUCGACGUGUUCGGUGAUACAGUCCAGUGCUUUACAAGCUAAGGAGAUCGUAGUAACGACCUCUCAACAGCCUGUUGUCAUACAAGAUCAGGUCAUUCAGACUGGCAUUCAAAACAAGGUCGCGCAGCCAAGACUCACACCGGCCCAACAGCAGCAAAUUCUGCAGUCAUUAAAGCAAAAGGCGUUGCCGUUGCAGCAAACCGUAAUGAGUUCGCAGUACCGAGCGGUGUCAAAAAUUCAAAAGCCAUCCACCUCGCCGUUGGUACAAGGGCAGGCCAAAGUUAUUACAUCAGACGGUUUGUCUCCAAAACCCAUCAUGGCAACUUCUCAAGCUCCAUUGGUUGCUAAAGUUUUAACAAAUGCGGCCGGUCAAGUGAUUUCGGUUGAAAGCCUCCUAGCGCAUCAGAAACAACAUGGUAGUUUACCACAAGGGACAACUUUACGAAUCUCAGGUACAAAAGCUGGCCAAUCGAAUCUAAUUCAGUUGUCAACAACAAACGCUCAAAAUUCGGUCGCCCAAUUCAGUGUUGCCACCUCAAGCAUUGCCUCCUACACAAACCAACCCAAAUUAAUAAUUUCUACACCCGUUACCACCCUCGCAACAUCGACUGUAACGGUAGCCAAACCGUCGACCAAAGCGAAUACGAAAACUCAAAUUCCUGCAAAGCUGAUACCGAAACUGGCGCAGCAGUUGGUUAACGCGAAAUUUGUGGCGCAAGGUAUCGGCGGGCAAAAACUAGUACAACCCAAAGUGAUCGUCGGUUCGUCGCAGAAUUCGUUAAAAGUACCCAUCUCAAACAAAAACCUUGCCUCCACUAAAUCGGUGGGAAUUAAUGUAAUGGCAAAUACAAAUGCGAUACGUAUGGUUAAUGCCGCGAACAUUAAUUUAGCUCAGUUAGGAGGUAAACCGCUACUGAUCACAAGUAAAGGAAGCACAUUUCAAAAUAUUCAAGGUCAAAACAUCAUAAUACAAACUCAGGCAAACUCGAACGCUCCAGGCGUCAUUAUUUCUAAUACCGAAAAGACGACGCCAGGCGUUUGCCAACAGAACAGUGGCGGCAUUGUGAGCGUAUCAAACCAGCAAAACGCGCAGGUCAUUUUAAGCCCCGCGCUAAAAGUGCAACAAGGCUCGCAGGUUAUGUUGAGCAACCAACUUAAACCGACAACAGUCAGCAUUCAACAAAAUUCGAACGCAUCGCCCGGUCAGAUAGUGCUAGGCGGACAGACUGUGCGUUUACAAACGGGCGCGACGCCCAACACGCAUCGGGUCGUGCUGGCCAGUCAAAAUCAGAGCCAAAUUAUCACACAGCAAAUUUUAUUACCGGUCGGAUUUCAAGGGACGCCACUCAAUAUUAAAACGCUGCAAGGUCUGAAAGUGGUUCCAAUAGCUCAAACUCAAGGAGGACGGGGAGGACCGGGCCGACCUGUUUUCGCCAGAGUAGUGAAUCCGGCAGGAUAUGUACGUAUGGCGCAGGCUGCUGAAAAUCCCGAUCUUUCUACUACCUCAAAAACAACGGCAGAUUAAA